ACGGAGCUCCGUUAGUGGAGUGUCAAGUGCACAGAUAGCUAACGUUAGCUGUUAGCUCCGCUACCUGGAGCCCAGUAGCUCCGGGUCAACAGCGGAGUGUCAAGUGCACAGAUAGCUAACAGCUAACGGACCUCCAUUAGCUGUUAGCUCCGCUACCCGGAGCCCCGUAGCUCCAGGCCAACAGCGGUUAGCAAAGCUAUAGGGGUCCAUAAGUAUAUAAUAUGUCUGUCUUGGUAACAGUAACGGGGCUCCGGCAGUCUGUUUCAAUACAACAAUAUUCAGACGAGUUAACGGCGCUACUCCGCUCUAGUAUGUAAAACAUUAGGCCGCGAUCUAAGCCAACAGCGGUGACUUUGCUUUUUCUAUAAAGAAACAUUAACCGGAGCGAAAAGCUAACUGUGCUAACAUCCGUACACCUUCAACAAAAUGAGAUUAAAGGGUUCCUGUACUGAGAGUGACCGCUGACAGCUGAGAGUGACCAUCAUCCUUCAUCCAUUGCCCUCAACCUUCACAGAGCAGUAUCACCACAUCACCUACACACACAAUCACCACAUCUUCAUAAUUUUCUCAAAUUUCAUUCUACAUAUAAGAUUAUAUUAGGUUGUCUUAGAUUAGUUUAGUUUACAUUCGGUGGUUUAGGUUUAGGUCAGUUUUACAAGCAUUUCUCUUGUUGUUUUUCUCUUUUUUUUUAACUUCUACCAACAGGAUGCCAAGGAAGUCGAGGCAGUCUGUGGUGUUGAAGCAGCGCUGGGAGAAGCUCAACCUGGACGAGCUGAGGUCUUCCCCCACCCCCCCGGAGACGGUGUCCCCCCCGGCUGGAGAGGAGCCUUCCAGAGGGUCAAGGACCAAGAGGACCAGGGAGACCCACCCCCCCUGCUCCCGAGCUCCAGUCGGCAACGCAGUUGGAUCUUCACCCCCAGCCAAGCCUUUCUGGAGCCCGGAGGAUGUGCAAGUUCGUGCACGCCGCGGUACCGGUUACCGCCAUCCAGUGGAGACGUGGCCAACUUCGAAGCUCACUGGAUGGAGCCACAAGUUGGUCAUCCCACCUGAGUCUCCUGGCAAGCAGUUUGUUCCCAUCUCCGGGCCAUCGUGGACCGUUUCGCCAAGAUGCCAGAAGGGAAGUUUUCUUUUGGUAUCAUGUCGACCCCUGGGGCCCAUGCUGCUCAGCUGCGCACUGAGGUCCUACAUGCAAAGGUUCCUCGAUCCCCUGAUGCUGUUUGUGUUCUUGCUCCUAGCAACAACCUGACUGCGAGCAGGACCGUCGACGAGGCAGCCGUCGACUACGCCCGAUUCCUCACUGCUGUGAGGAGCCGCUGGUCGAAGGUCUUUGUGGUGGACUUCCCCCCCCGCCUGAACGAGGAUGAGGAGCACCAGAGGGCCCUUCGCCACGCGUACCAUCGCGUGACAGCUCGUAUGGGUUUGAGGUACUUCUCUGCGGAGGAGUACUUCCCCCGUACGCGCUUGGAUCUGUGGAGCAGAGACGGCGUUCACCUGAGCGACCGUGAGGGUAUGGGGAUCCUCACCCAGCUGCUGUGGGCCUCCACGGAGCAGUUCCUCGAGACACCACCACCACCUCCCCCUCCCCCGGUGUCUCCUACUCCUUCACAGCCGCUUAGGAAGGUUUCUCCUAAGCUGGUUGUGAAGGGAGAGGUACGUGCUCCUCUGUCUCCUGACCCCUUCCAGUGGAAGGUCGUUGGUCAGAGCAGCAAGGUUAGUAGGGUUUUUCUUUUAUAUUUAUUAUUAUAUUAUGUGUUUGUGUACAUUUUGGUUCACGGGUUCACAGUCAUAACUAAAAAGCACCUAUUUAUUCAAAUAUGUGAUGUGCUUUCCCAGCCACAGGUUCCUGGUCCGGCCAGUGUGGCUCAGCAGCAGGAGAAGGAGUCCUUCCUUCCACUGAACCCACGGUGGUUUAGUAGCACGACCCUUUGUGCUAUGGAGGAAGUGUCUCCUUCUCAGCUGUCUGACGUGGUGGACGUCCCAUCUCCUCCAGCGUGCAAGAAGGUGGCCUCCCCAGCGACAGCCAGGCGUCAAAGGACCACGGAGAGACGCCCCCCCUGCCACCAGUCUCCUGUGAACAACCAGGUUGGAUCCCCUCCAGCCUGGCUGUCACAGAGACUGCAGGACGGCCCCUCCAGCCCGGUUCCUAUGUCCAGGACCACGGAUGGAACACCCCCCCCGCACCCAAACUUCAGUGACCAACCAGCUGGUUGGAUCCCCUCCAGUCAGGUUGUCCUGUAGUUUGGGUGAUCCGGCGACCCCCUGCUGUUCACCGGUUGCGAAGGUGGCCAGGGUGAAGACCCCUUCACUGGUUGGACCAUCCCAGACCAUUAAAGCUGCCUGUCACUCUCCUCGCCCAGUUAAGACCAUUGGGACACCAGUUCCCUCAUUGUCCUGCUGGCCCUGGAUUAUCGAUGACGGACUUGCCACCUCUCAUUCCCCUUCCAAAGAGAUGCCCGGAUUUGUCCCUCUCUCUCGUUAGGGGGAAAGUAAUUUCUCAAAGUGGGUCGCAGUGCCAAUUCCACCCAGGGCGGGGCAGAGGGAGGCGAUCGCUGGUGGUUGAGAGCCUAAACACACCACCACCGUAUGCCACCGUCAGCCACAGCCCGCACCACACACGGAGCAACUCUGUGUACAACCCCCUGAAGACAGAAUUCCAGGCUCCCAUGGUGUAGGUGGCGGGGAGUGAGGGUUGAGUGCAGCUGGUUUAUAGGCCUUGGACAUACAGUGACAUGAAGGACGCUGCCGCGUUGAUUCCAGACGUCCGCAAUGGGGGAGCGGAGUUUGUGAUUCAGCUCAUGACCUUUUGCCGACAGUUCAAGCCCACCACUGCUGAACUGCAACGCCUGCUGAUGGUUCAGAUGGGUACAACGUGGGCCUGAGUUGUGGGCGACUACUCCGUGGAGGACAUCAGGGUAGAGAACUCUGACUGGGCCAGCGACGACAAUUUGGCAUACAGAGACGUCAUUGGACGUCUGUCUGAUUCUGUAACAUAGUCGGUACAGAAUCAGACAGACCUUCCCUCUGAAAUUAGACAUGGGGAAGAUUUCUGUUCCUCAACAACGAAAAGAACCGAAAUUCGACAGGCUUGACAGAAACAGUCCAAUUGGCUCAGUUGGCAUGCUACGAGCACCAAGCGAGGGGUCGCGAACGAGGACGAGGAAAGGGACGCCGGGGCAGAUUCAAAAAUCGCCCUGGCACCUGUCAUAGAUGUGGAAAAAUGGGACAUUGGCAAGACAACUGCCCAGAGAACGACGCAACGGUCGACUGACUAGCUGAGGAGCCGAGUACAGUGACGGACGAAUCUGGUUUUGACGCACAGGCUGAGGAGGAGAAGCAACCUACGCAUCUUUCAUGUGAGAGCACCAACACUGACACACACACACCACAAGAGAUGUAUGCCCUUACACUGCAAGCUAUCACAUAUCUUGAAAAUAAACAAAAAACAGCAGAAGAAAAGCUAACUGCAUUAUAUGCUUCAUUUUCCUCUGAAGCAUACCAAAACAGGCCUACGCACACUCUCAUAAUAGGGCAAACAUGCGCACCUUUUUGGUAGAUUCAGGGGCAGCGAUAUCUCUCAUUAGACAUGAUGCGCUAAACCCUACACCGAAGAUGAGUGCACGCUAUCUUAAAACCGUAGGAGUUUCAGGCUCCUCAAUGACAGAAAGGUACACCACUCCACUUGCAUGCGAAGAUGAGCUACAGGGCCGUUUUAAACACUCUUUCCUGCUUUCUAAACACUGUCCCGUGAAUCUCAUGGGGAUCGAUCUGAUGUGUGCUUUGGGUAUCGGUUUAAGAUCGACUCCGGAGGGGUUAGUGGUGGUUAGGGAAGCAGCCACAUUCGUGAAGUAUGGUAAAGAAGAUCUUUUUUACUCACAUCACUGGCAGCUCCCCCUCACAGCUCUUGAUUCUGUAAAUCACACCCUCCUGCAGACAGCCAGAGCAUGCACAGCGCACACACGCAAUACACAUGCAGACAUGGUGAGAGCACAAGACCUUCAGUGCACAGCACACAUCUCCCUCGGUCCUGAUACGAGCUUUGAAAAAAACUGGUGCAGGGAGAGACAGGGGCAAGAUAACUGAGGCUUGUGUGGUUGUAUUGGAACGACAAAAUGUGUGUUGCUUCUGUAACCUUGACGGAUUCCCACUCUCAGCGUUUGUUCUCGGUACCGAACUCUGACCCUCACAUUCCAUUGAUCAAACCAAAGGGGAAAGGGUGGCAGGAAUUGGGACCAUGGACCAGGGCGUGCAAUGAUGCAACAGGUUGGACACAGACAUCCGAUCCACAUGUUGAGUAUCACCGCCAUUUGAGAGCAUACAGAAAACGGUUUUCAGCUGUAAUAACUGCAGUACGAUCUGUUGAGCUCAUACCUGACACAAAAUGGGAUUUGUCAAAAUUUGUCAGGUCAAAUAAGGGCUGUUUUGAUUCUUUUGAUGCUUGUCAUGAAGGAUUUUUUGUUGAUGACGUCACUGAGGUACCAGAGUUAAGCCAAGUGCCAGCACACUUAUGGGCACAGCAUAAACAUGAUGUUGGGCUUAUCAAAAAUGCAGAACCUGUAAUAAUCACUCCAAAAUCUUCCUACAGGCCAUGCCAGAACCAGUAUCCCCUGAAAAAAGAGGCUGUGGAGGGCAUCAAACCAGUGUUUGAAGCACUCCGCAAGGCCGGCGUCAUCGUUCCGUGUGAAAAUUCACCCGUGCGCACGCCAAUCUUCCCAGUCAAAAAGAUCAAACAAGUGGGCCAGCCCGACGAAUGGAGGUUUGUACAAGACCUACAAGCAGUAAAUGCAGCCAUUCAUGCACGCGCGCCAACCGUCCCUAACCCUCACACCAUUCUCUCACAAGUUCCACCCGACAGUAAGUGGUUCUCUGUUGUUGAUCUAGCCAAUGCUUUCUUCAGCAUUCCUGUUCACCCAGACAGCCAAUUCUGGUUUGCGUUUACGUUUGAAAAUAAGACCUACACAUUCACGCACUUGUGCCAGGGCCUGUCUGAGUCACCAACAAUUUUUAACACAGCACUGUGCGACAAUUUGGAUUCUUUAAAGCUGCCCAGCAAUAGUGCGAUGAUGAUGAUGAUAUGUGGAUGAUCUGUUGAUUUGCUCUCCCACCAGAGAAGCCUGUGUAGCAGACACAGUGGCCUUGCUCUCCCAUCUGGCUGAUAACGGACACAAAGCAAGCCUGUCAAAUCUGCAGUUUGCCUGUGAGAAAGUUGUUUUCCUAGGUCAUGUGAUCAUAAGGGAAGGGAAGACUCUCUCCCUCCAGAAUAGCUGCAAUCCAGUCUAUUCCGAGGCCUCUCACCAAAAAGCAAGUAAUGAGUUUUUUGGGUAUGACGUCAUAUUGCAGACAAUGGAUCCUGAACUACGCAGAAAUAGAGGCACCAUUGGCAGCAAUCGCCCAUGGGAAAGGCCUCAAUGCGAACGACAAAGUUGAGUGGGCGACUGACGCUGACAAAGCAUUCACUGACCUCAAACUGGCCCUGCAGUCUCCCCCGACUCUGGGCCUGCCCGACUGCUCAAGACCUUUCACCCAGACAGUCGACGAAAAGGGUGGGUCCAUGACUUCCGUAUUGCUACAAGACCACGGGGGCCGCAACAGGCCUGUAGCGUACUUUUCUUGAUUCAGCGGCAGGCUUGCCUGCCUGCCUCAGAGCUGUGGCUGCUGCAGAGAAAGAAGUGAUGGCCUCUCGAGACAUUGUAGGGUAUUCUGAUCUGACACUGCUGGUACCCCACGCUGUCUCCUUGAUUUUGCUCGAGCAGAAAACCUCUCAUUUCUCAGCUGCUAGGUGGCUGAGAUACAACACCAUUCUGCUAGAGCUCCCAAACAUUACUGUGAAACGAUGUACAGUUCUUAAUCCUGCUACCCUUCUUCCCACAGCUGACGAUGGAGAGGCACACAACUGUGUUGCUAUCAUUAAUGAAGUCUGCUCUCCUAGAUCUGAUCUGCAGGAAGUGCCACUUCAGAAUGCAGGCCUGGAACUGUUUGUGGAUGGCUCAGCAUCAAGGGACCCAGGGACAGGAAAGAACCAAACAGGUUUUGCAGUCACAACAUUACAUGUCAUUGUUCUAGCUGAACCUCUCCCCUCAAACUACUCCGCUCAAGCCGCAGAGCUUGUAGCCUUAACGAAAGCAUGCACAUUGGCCAAGGACAAGUCUGUUAACAUUUUCACAGACAGUCAUUAUGCCUGGGGAGUUUGUCAUUCAUUUGGCCAAAUUUGGGCAAACAGAAAAUUCCUGACGGCUUCAGGAAAGCCAAUUGCACAUCACACAUUGGUUGCCUCCCUCCUCGAUGCUCUGCUGCUACCAAAACAAAUCGCUGUCUGUAAAUGUGAAGCUCACACUAACAAACCUGACCUCAUUUCACAGGGAAACGCCAGAGCAGACGCCGCUGCGAAGACAGCAGCUAAGCAGUGACUAACAAAACAAUGUGUUGUUAUCCCUGCCUCACCACUGACACCUUUCGCAGAUCUGCAGGAACUACGAGCGAAAGCCACUCCACAGGAGAAGGCCAACUGGAGGCAAGCUGGUUGCGCUGUCAAAGAGAAUGUUUGGUAUGGUCCUAACUACAAACCGUGCUUGCCCAAAUAUCUUUUUCCUCACUAUGCUACGUUGACACAUGGAUGAGAUCAUGUGUCAAAAGGGGGAAUGAUGAGUGAGAUACAAAGAUAUUGGUUCACAAAGGGCUUCUCAGCCUUCUCCCAAACUUUUUGCAAAAGGUGUGUGAUCUGUGCCACAAACAAUGCAGGGGGAGGUCUUCGGACGCAACAGGGUGCCCAUCCACCCCCUGAAAGACCAUUCAAUCAUUUACAAAUGGAUUUCAUUGAACUAACACCUAGUGAGGGAAAGAAAUACUGUCUCGUGGUGGUCGACAUGUUUUCUAAGUGGGUGGAAGCUUUCCCUACAUCCAAACAGGAUGCGGCAGCAGUUGCAAAAGCUUUAAUCACAGAAAUCAUCCCACGUUGGGGAAUUCCAGCUAAAAUAUCCAGUGAUAAUGGCACACCUUUUGUAAAUACAGCCCUGAAAACUGUGGGGGACUACUUAGGUAUUGACCUUAAACAGCACUGCGCCUACCACCCAGCAAGCGGAGGUGCCGUAGAAAGAGAAAAUGGCACCCUGAAAAACAAGCUUGCUAAAUGUUGCGAAGAAACAGGUCUGUCAUGGACCAAAGCCUUGCCAACCGUCCUCAUGCACAUGAGGGCUAGAAUCAGAGCUAAAAACAACCUUAGCCCUUUUGAAAUCUUGUUUGGUCGACCUCUGCACACCGGGAUUGGGCCCGGCACGAGACAGCUCCCAGGGACAGGUCAGUGUGAGGAUGAAAUGUUGCGUUAUUGUGCAAACCUGUCCUCUGUUCUUUCUGAUAUUCACAAACAGGU